GAAAAUCCCAGGCUGCGGACACAACUUCUGCCAGUCCGCAUCAGUCAGCGACCUAACAAAAGGCUACUGACAGAUUCUAGACGGGCACCUGGUGCACCCCUGCCGGGCACUGCAUCAAGUUACGUCGAUGGCCAGUAAGCUAGUCGCCCGGCGCGCCAGGACAGUGCUGCUCGUUACCCCUAUAGGUUCAUACAAUACAAAGAAAUUGAGCCGGGGCCUGGUCGCAACUGGGAAUGGGGGGCGGUUGCCGACCGUUUCUGGCUACACGGGGCGAGUUGACCACCCCUACUCCUGGACCUCUCGCUGGGUUCGUGCUGCAGUUGACUUCCCAAACCAUAUGCCCACUCUUGAAACUUGCAGUGCGAUAUGACUGCUGUCAAAUCAUCCGGUUAUCAUGCCUGCAGAGCGAAGCCCGCAGACCGAGGUCUCUCGCGACAGCGGACCCCAUGCCGUCCGCAGGCCGUCCACCAUGGAACACAUGCAUUCGAUAUAAUGGAAGUGGCCAUGGCGGGCCAAGCGCUGAUACCGGGCGUGCCGCUCGUCGGGCCGCUCGUCGGGUGGGCACUCUACUCGCGGCGUGCAUUCGAGUGCGCCAGCAUGCACCCGUCGAAUGCACAAAGCUUCAUAACAUGCAUACAUAUAAAUGCUGUAGUAAUUUGAACGACUGUACAGACUAUGUAUUCAAAGGCGCGACCCACCGCUGCUUCCUCUGCUGCGCCUGAUAUUUGCUUUAAGUUAUCUUGCAUUCUUAACAUUUAACAGCGUGUCACAAUGAGCGACGACACGCGGUCGAGCAAGCAGUGGCGGGCCUUGUGGUGUGCCGUGCUGGUGCUCAGCCUCAGCGUACCAGGCUUGCGGGCUCGCACCCUGCCUCCUCAGCAGCGGCACGGCGAAGACUCUGCUCUUGAUGUUGCGCUGAGAGGGCGGGCCUUGCAGGCCACCUCGGAAAUGUCGCCCAGCCCGCCAGCCAGCCCGUGCCCUGUCCGCUCUCCACGACCUCCCAGACCGCAGUCCCCCUCGCCCCGACCCCCCUCGCCCACGCCGCCUUCGCCCAAGCCCCCCUCCCCUUCUCCACCCGCGCACCUCACCUCCACCACUGCCACCGCUCUCGGAGGCAGCCUGGCGUGCCUGACCGGCGUGCAAGACUUCCUCAGCGCCAUCCCCAACCCGCCCAUCAUCGGCACCUUCAUGUCGGCUCUUCAGGAGCUGCCCGCGAUGGGCUCUGACGGCAGCUCCGCGGGCGGGCUCUUCGACAACCUAAAGCUGUCCUUGCUUGCCGGCUACGCCAUGGCCCAAAACGCCCGCCUGCCCGUCUUCACGGGUGCUGAGAUCGGCGAGUACGAGAGCGGUGUGGACGGCCUGGACGCCGCCUGUGCCAACAUCGACAGCAACGUGCAGGCCGCCUCGCAGUACGUGCUGGGCGUGGUCACCACCGCCUUCCUGAACGACCUGCAACUGCCGGAGUCCAGCUCCACCUCCUCGGCUGACACCGACCAGCAGAAGUCAUGGCUUGAGGCGCUGAGUGGGCUGUCCGUGUGCGCCGCCAUCAACCCCUGCGAGAACACUUACAUCAUGGGCUUCGACGGCUUCAGCACCCCGCCUAUCAACACCGAGGUGGGCCAGCUCACAUUUUCGCUGCUGCGUGCGGGCUUCAGCUACGGCUCCAACUUCAACACCAGCUUCAUGGAUCUGGUGGUGCACAACGCCUGGAGCUACGACUGGAGCAAGCGCCAUGAGCCCGGCACGCUGACGGACGUGACGCGCCCCGUCAACGUGCUUCUGGGCGGCGGCGUAACGUGGGGCCUGGACCUGUCAGCGGAGGAGGGCGGCCCCACGCUCGCCAGCAUCGCCCUGGAGGCCGAGGCCAAUCUGGGCAUCUCCACAGUCGGCGGCUCCAAGGAAGUCAUUAUCACUGCCAAUGCGCGGGGCCCCACGCUCACCAUCGCUGACGUCAUCGAGCUGGAUUUCUCCGGCAUGCUGGAUUUGGGCCAGAACAUCCAGUUCCGGUACAAAUCAAAGUCGGACUUCUUUUUCCAGUACGUUCUGUACGCGUCAGCCAACAACGACAUCUCCGGGCUACUGCAGGACGCGCCCGGGCUUAGCGACCUGCUCACCAACAUCGUCACGUUCGAGGGCAGCGUCAGCCUGGCGGUGCAGGUGGACGCGAUUGGUGCGGCGGUGCGCAUUGAGGUUGACGGCAGCUUCAGCAUUGCGGAUGACAUCGCCAGUCAGUUCGACAUCCCCUCCGCCGGCGGCAAGGUGUCCAUCCUGCUGACCAAGAAGCACAAGGAGUCGGACUUCCGCGUCACGCUGGUCAUCAACGGCAAGGCCUAUUGCGUGGGCGUGUACAACCGCGGCUCAGGCCAUGGUGUGGACACGUGCCCCACCGGCACUGUCAAGGACCCCAACGGCCUGCUGUGCUACCCCACCUGCCGCGCCGGCUACUACUUGGUGGGGCCUGUGUGCUGGCAGUACUGCCCCUCCGGCUACACAAUCACCGGCGCCCACUGCCUCAAGCCGGCUGCGUACGGUCGUGGCGGAGGUUAUCCCUGGAAGUUCGGGGACGGGCUCAGCCUUGACGCCGCCAAGAGGCGCUGUGAGAAGACCAACCCGGGCGGCUGCGAGAAGAACGGCGAGAUCUACUACCCCAAGUGCCGCUCUGGCUACUCCGCUUUCGGCUGCUGCACCUGCUCGCCCAACUGCCCCAGCGGCAUGACUGACAUCGGCGUGAGCUGCCAGAAGCAAUCGUACGGCAACGGGGCUGGCUUCGCCUUGGGCUGUGCCUCCGGCGAGGACAAGUCGGGCACGUUCUGUUACUCGCAGUGCAAGGCCGGGUACACGGGUGUGGGCUUCCUGUGCUGGCAGUUCACGUGCUCACCGUAAGCCUGGCCUGGCUUGGCCUGGCCUCCCUGUGCAUACCGCAUAAGCCGCAUUGUUUUCGUGUGUGUACUGACGUGUGGCACUCACAGUUGCGCCAGUAUUGAGUUUGGUGCAAAUGAACGCAUGCACGGACAGGGGUGUUCCUGGGGGACCUUUCCCCCCUGAACCGCUGCACAUCUUUAUCACCACCAAUCUCCAUCUGGACGCACUAACCCACCUAAUUCAUCGAAGAAGUAGGAUGAGAAGUAGGAUGAAAAGAUUCUACCACAUGCCUGAUGUACAAUUUAGAUCCUGUUCAUUUCCGGCUACCGUAAUUUGCUUGGAUGUGCGGGUACCGUGCAUAUCUGCCGAUUUAUGAACUUCUGACAUGAUUGGGGGGUGCAUGAGUUCAUCCUAGUUAGCCGGCGCGCGGCGCUCACGUGGCAUUAUUCGCCCUUUUUGCAUUACCGCAUGUCCUUCCCACCACCAGUCACAAUAUGGUGGCCGGUAACUCCAUGCCUCCCAUAAGAAACAUAGUCACGUCACGGGUGAGAGGUAAUAGGGCCUUUGGUCUGGUAACGUAUGUCAUGGGCUGAUGAUGGGCAACUAUGGGCAUGAGGUCACAUACCGUAUACGUGAUUCAGGCGUCCGGAGCAUAGGGCAACCUAAACAUUGCGCUCGCAUGAUCGCAUUACGGCUUAUAAUCACGUAAGUGGCAAUGGAGGCUGGUGCACGUGCCCUCAGACGUGAGCAAGGAAAACUGAACUCGAGUUGCUUCAUUGCGAUCACAUGCACAGAAAGCUGCCCACCUGAAGAAUGACUUAAUGACAGCCGGAAGUGAAGGUGUCGGGCCACGCCGGUUGGGGUUUUAGGCGCCUGUACAUAGCCUCAAGUAAAUAUGAAGGUGCUGGCCUGCAACACUUUGGCCGUGUGACGCACGCACACGCAAUGGUGGCAGAUGGGCUUGAGUGGUCGACACACGCACGGAUGUUGUUCGUUCCCCAGCAGGCAGGGGGCUUGGCUUAAGCUAGCGGCAUUCAUGGAUGUGCUGAGACUUGCUGAGGUAACUACAUACGGUACCAUGGGUCAUAAGCACAUACACGCGACUGGGCUUGCUACGCCCACCCCACAUGCAGUGCAGCGGCCGACGUGGGGGCAGUAGGCGUGAGCACGGCGCACACAGCACGUGUGUGUGUGGCUUCUGCUAGCUGCGAGCCUGUGACGCCAGGGCCCUCUUGUAAUCAAUGAUUUGG